AACGUAGACCAUAUCUCCCCGUCAAAACACACGUAAACGUUCACGCACGCACACGGUACACAUACCUUACUCCCUAUAAAUGCAAUACAAACAUAAUAAUAAAACCGAAGGCGUAAAACACAGACGCGCUUCGUGGGGCUUCGAAUUUGUUCGUUUCCAAGGCCCGAAAGCGGAAAAGCCCUCUGCAGUUCAUGGGACCCUUUGAAUUGAAGGCGUAACUGCCUGAAGAACUGCACAACGGCCCAAGUCCCAGUCGGUCCCAAAUGCUUUCCCGUCUGCUCCCGCGCCGCCAUCACCGCCGCCUCCUCCAAACCCUGCCCUGUGCCGCCGCGAAAUCCGCCGCCGAGGUUGACCUCCACGACCAGAGGCUAUGCUCUACGUCUGCCGCGUCGAGCCCGAGCCUGUCGAUAUGGCGGCGGAAGAAGGAGAUGGGGAAGGAGGGCCUCAUGGCGGUGGCGCAGCUCAAGCGGCUCGCGGCGCUUCCGCCGGCCGGGGCCCACCCGCGCCUGGAGCAGUUCAUGGGCUCGCACGUCUCGCGGCUCCUCCGCACCGACCUGCUCGCCGUCCUCGCCGAGCUGCUCCGCCAGGACCACGUCAUCCUCUCCAUGAAGAUAUAUAGUGUCGUGCGGAAAGAAAUCUGGUACCGUCCUGACAUGUACUUCUACCGAGAUAUGCUGUACUUGCUAGCAAGGAACAGGAAGGUUGAUGAGACAAGGCAGGUCUGGGCAGAUCUCAAGUCUGAAGACGUGCUAUUUGAUCAGCACACUUACGGUGACAUUGUGAGAGCCUUCUGCGAUGCUGGCUUAAUUGAUCUGGCGAUGGAACUCUACGAAGACAUGAGGAGCUCCCCCGAUCCACCUCUAUCGCUGCCAUUCCGUGUUAUCCUGAAAGGGCUGGUCCCAUACCCCGAGCUGAGGGAGAAGAUAAAGCAGGAUUUUCUGGAGCUUUUCCCCGAUAUGAUUGUAUAUGACCCGCCAGGUAGCUUGUCAGAUGUAGAUGAUGAAUUCAAGUUUUGAUGAAUAUAUACAUCCUUAUGUUCUUGCUUCAAUGCUUCAUGGAAUUGACUUCGUAAGGUCUACUACAAGACUAUAAGCAAUAAGCCCACAUGAUCAACUGUUGGUUCUUCUAUGCAUUGUAGCCAAAUUAAAUUUCC